AGCAGGAUCGCGCUCACCCAUGCGACGCCGACACGGUCGCGCUUCUCCGCCAAGAACUGACUGAAACUCAAGACGUCCUCUCGCAGUCACACGAUUCAGGGCUUGUUCCGCUUCCACCUUGACCUCGUCAAUUCCUCCAGGCGUCGACCCGGUUCGAUAACGCGCCCAGGACGACCACCAAGAGAGGCGAUACCGCGGACCGCGUUAUCGGCGUAUUCACUCCCCGUCCCGCCAGUUGACUCGCUUGAUCGCAGGACUCGCGACUGUCGGCGAAUAUGAAUGGCGCGAAAACGGCACCGAUGAAUGGUGUUGUUGCGACCGGUACCGUCGACUGCACGAGAACUCGCGUCAUCGUCGAGGACUAGACAAGGAUCCGAUCCCGUUCAUCCGGAUUCCCGAUCACCGGAGCCGCGGCGCGACUGAAGAACACCGAGGAUGUCGCUCGUGGUUAUCCUCAAGAACUUCCAGGGCUUUAAGGGUAAGGGCGAGAAGGUCGCGAGGAUCGAAUUUCGAGAGGUCUCACAUUAUUCGGCGAAUCUCGAGGACAAUGGGGACGUUAUCGAGGUGGAGCAGAGCUUCACGUGGAAUCUAGGAAGGCCGGUGGACGAGGCGGAGGUGCUGCAAUUGGCAGUCGUGUCGCGCGGGGUCCUGAGAAAUGAAAAAGUCGUGGCGAAGUACGGCCUGGUGUUGCAGACGGUAGUGCGGGAGGGACGGAUCUUGGUAUCGGACUCUCUGGUCGAUCUCAAUAACAAACCGCUUCCGGCGGUGGUGUGCUUCGAAAUUCGAUACAAUCCACCGGACGAAGGUUGCAGUUCCUACGCGGCCACGGAAAUAAUGGAGGACGAACAGCAGAUGCUGAUCGACAUCGAGCAGAAUAUCGCGAAUCUCGAAAGGAGCCUCGAACAGGCGAGCAGCGGAGUUACCAGCGGCAAGAGAAGGGGAUCUUGGCACACCCCCGAGAAAACGUCGAAAAGAGGCUUCCUGCCGAGGGGCACGUCCCUGGCGACCGGCGAGAAGUCGCCCGAUCGGAAACGAAGCACCACCCUGAGAAGCAUGCGAUCGUUCCUGAAAUUGGGGAAGCAGAGACCGCCGCGGGCACGCUCCUGCGACAGCUCGAACUCGGAGACGAAGGAACUCCUCGACAGACGGGACUCCAGCUGCCCGACUUCGAACGAGCCGUCGCGAACGAAUUCCAUGACUUCUCUCGAAACGAACGCGUCCGAUAACGACAGCCAGCUGAGCGGCAACCACGACCAGGAGGAGACGUCUCUCACGCCGGCCAAGAGACCAAAGCCCAAGACCGGCGACACCGGCCAGAGCGCCCUGAAGGCGCAAGAUUACCAGGUGUGCGUUACCAUCAUCGAAGCGAGGCAGCUCGCCGGGCUCAAUAUGGAUCCGGUGGUGUGCGUGCAGGUCGGCGAUCAGCGCAAAUACACCAGCGUCAAGGAAUCCACCAAUUGUCCGUACUACAAUGAAUAUUUCGUCUUCGAUUUCCACAUGCCGCCCGUCAUGCUCUUCGACAAGAUCAUCACGCUUUCGGUGCAGCAAUCGCGGAAUCUCUUGCGCGCUAAUCUAACGCUGGGCAUCUUUAAGUUAGACAUCGCGACGGUAUGGGCACAACCAGAUCAUCAAUUCUACCACAAAUGGGCCCUUCUCACCGACCCGGACGACGUGGCUGGUGGGCCAAAGGGUUACUUGAAGUGCGACAUAAGCGUCAUCGGCAAGGGCGAUACCGUGAAGAUACCCCCGAAGAGCGAGAAGGACGAGGACGACAUCGAGGGGAAUCUUUUAUUGCCGGACGGCGUACCGAUCGAGAGGCAACGCGCCCGCUUCGUGGUGAAGGUUUACAGGGCCGACGGUUUGCCGAAGAUGAACAGCAGCAUCAUGGCGAACGUGAAGAAGGCUUUCACGGGGGAGGUGAAGGACCUGGUGGACCCAUACGUCCAAGUGUCCUUCGCCGGGCUGAGCGUAAGAUCGACGACGCGUCCUUACGGCGAAUUCGAUGUAACGGUUAACUUUCGCGCUCGUUCGCUCAAAAAUAUUCACUUGCUGACGCGAGAAAAUAUCCGAUUAAUUCGAGCCACAGUUGCGCUAUCGCUAUCAGCGAAUCACGCUAUCAAGCAACGAGUUAUCGAGUGCGCUAGACGUCACAUGCCGGGGCGUUGCAGGAUUUUUUUUCUGUUUAUGGCGCUUCAGGGGAAAACCAGCGUGAAGAAGCACAGCUACGCGCCGAUUUGGAACGAGCAGAUCGUAUUCACCGAGAUGUUCCCGCCCCUUUGCCAGAGAAUAAAAAUACAACUGUGCGACAACGAUCCCGUGCACGCCACCGUGAUCGGUACACACUUCGUCGACCUGAAGCAGAUAAGCAACGACGGCGAGAAGGGCUUCUUGCCCACUUUCGGCCCGGCGUUUAUCCAUCUCUACGGCAGCAUCCGAGAUUACAGCCUCAUAGACGAGCACUCGACGUUGAACACCGGCUUGGGCGAAGGGAUCUCCUACAGAGCAAGGCUAUUGAUAGCGAUACGGACCGAGAUCAGCGACAACGUGGAAAUGGCACCGUCGGAGGUCGAGAUGGAGCCGACGGUGCCGAUCAACGAGACCGCGUACGCGAGGAACGAGGAAUUCUUCUUGUUCGCGACGAUUAUGGACGCCACGAUGAUCGACAAGAAGCUCGGCGACAAGCCGAUGUACUUCGAGAUUUCGAUCGGGAACGCGGGCAACGCUCUCGACGGCCACAACGAGAGUUUCAAAAUGUGCGAGAUGGGAUCGAAAGGUGGCACGACCAUGGAGGAGGACGACCUGCAGGAAGUACUCAGCGGGUCCUGGCAGAGCACCACCCCGGCUAAUAAGCCGAUGACGCACGAUAAGAUUUAUUAUUUCCUGCCGUACUGGGACGACAAACCGUGUUUGCACGUGCGUAGUAUAUGGCCGGAUUACAGACGUCGGAUGUACAACAGCAACAUCAUCGGCAAGAUCGUCGAUAAACUGGAAGAGGGAUUAUCGGAGGUGCAAUCGCACUUGGAGGACUCGACGUGCGAGAAACUCCUGAAGACCACCCUGGAGGAAUUGAGUGCCAACUGCAAUCGCUACGUCAGCAUCAGCAAGUCCAGCGUGACCGGUCCGGGCGUGGGGAAGACGAAGUUGGACAAAGAGCGCACGAAAUUGUGCCAGCGGGAGCUGGAGAAUAUCGGGAUCAUGUCGCGUAACCUCAAGGCGCUCGUGACCAAGAGCAGCUUCAAGGAACGGCUAAAAACCGCGCACAAUUACCUGCAGAAAUUAAAGUUCCUCGUGGAGGAUCCGCAAGAUUCCCUGCCGGACGUGUUCAUCUGGGUGAUCAGCUCCGGACGACGCUUGGCGUACCAGAGGAUAUCCGGCCGGGAUCUCAUCUACUCGGUGGUCGACGAAGAAUGCGGCCGGCAUUGCGGCAAAGUACAGACUAUGUUUCUCAAGCUUCCAGGCAAAAAGAGAUUCGGACCGGCGGGAUGGGCGAUCCAGGCCAAACUGCAGGUCUACAUGUGGCUGGGGAUAUUGAAGCACAAGAAAUACUUUAUCCAAGGUCUGCCAAAGGGAUACGAAGUCAGCAAUGAGCUGAGGAACGUGGAAAGGCCACGCGCAUUGCCGCCCGCCGUGAUCCAUUAUGCCCAAAAACACAAAUUUCAAUUGCGGGCCCACAUGUACCAAGCGAGAUCGCUAAUCGGCAGCGACGCGUCCGGCUUGUCCGACCCCUUCGCGAGGGUGAUCUGCGGGGAGUUUUGCAAGUGUACCCAGGUGAUCGACGAGACCCUCAGCCCAACGUGGGACGAGCUGCUGCUGUUCGACGACAUCCUCGUCUACGGCACCGCCGAGGAGAUCAAAAAGGACCCGCCAUCCAUCGUCGUCGAGUUGUUCGAUCAGGACAAAGUGGGAAAGUCGGAGUAUAUCGGCCGAGCGAUCGCGCGGCCCCACGUCAAGCUCGCCGCCGAGUCCUAUAUUCCUCCGCAAUAUCCGCCGUCCUUGGAAUGGUACGAGGUGACGAGAGGAGCCUCGAGGGCAGGAGAACUUUUAGCGGUCUUCGAAUUGUUGGAAUAUCCCUCCACGAAGGACUUCGGAUUUCCCACUUUGCCGGAUCCCAAGGACCCCAGCUGCGGGUCGCAGACGCCGGGCUCUGGACAAGAUCAAGGCCCGAUUCUCCCGGUGCCCGUUGGCAUCCGACCGACUUUGUCGAAAUAUCGAAUCGAGGUGCUCUUUUGGGGUUUGCGGGACCUGAAGCGAAUCCAUCUGCUGACGGUCGACAAGCCUCGCGUGGACGUCGAAUGUGCCGGUCACAUUCUCUACUCGUCCGUGAUCGCGAACGCGAAGAAGAACCCGAAUUUCAACACGCCCAUCAAGUUUCUGGAACUGGAACUUCCCGAGCAGGAGCUCUAUCGACCGCCGUUGACGAUAAGAGCGGUGGAUUGCCGAAGUUUCGGCAGGUACACCCUCGUCGGCACUCACACCAUUAACUCGAUCCACAAAUAUAUGUAUUAUCCCCUGACGAAAAGGGCAAAGGAUGCUCAGGAGAGGAAGAAGAGCUUGUAUCAACUGCAGUGCACGGCCCUCGAUCAGUCUAAAUCGAGGUACCAGCAAACUUCGUUGCCGGAAUCACUGACCGACCUGGAGUCCAACAACGGCGACACCAUCAUCACUCUAGGAUUCGAGCCAGGAUGCGGACCUACGAAGAAGGACAAGACCGAGCAGAAUUUACGCAGGAAGCAGAGCUUGGCCAACGACAACAGUAUGGGCGAUUUGGGCAUAUUAGAGGACGGCGACGGCUGUCAGGACUGGUGGACGAAGUAUUUCGCCUCCGUGGAGACGAUGAUCGAGGAGAACAAAGAGCUGCGCAAGGAGAAGUCCAUAUUCCAGAACCAGCCGAACGGAACGCUGACGAUGUUCUUGGACGAGGCCAUCGCGCAAAGCCACCAGCCAGCUACGGGCGAGAAAAGUCCCGGGAAUACCACGAAGAAGCUGUUCGGCCUGAAAUCAACGGCGAAUGCAGCGAAAUUCGUCUCGAAACUGAGCCCGAAGCACACCGCGCAUAAGUCGAAUAAGACCGCGCUCCUCAAGAUCUAUCCCAACGAGCUGGAGGCGCAGCCCGAGUUCGAGCAGUUCAAGGAGUGGCUGCACACCUUUGAACUGUAUCGAGGUAAGAAGACAGGCGACGAGACCGAGGACGAGUCGAGGAUCGUCGGCAGCUUCAAAGGCGCACUGAAGGUGUACAAGUGGCCGUUGCCCAAGGACCUGGUGGACCACACCGUGAUGGGCUUCGAUCCGCAGUACGGCUUCUUCCAAGGCGUCCCGUCGAACGAGCCUAUCCACGUCCUGGUGCGAGUCUACGUUGUCAAGGCGAAUGAUCUGCAUCCCUGCGACCUGAACGGAAAGGCCGAUCCCUACGUGGUCCUGCAACUGGGAGGCAAGAGGAUCAGCGACAAGGAGCACUACGUAUCGAAGCAACUGAAUCCUGUUUUUGGAAAGUGUUUCGAGAUAGAGGCGACGUUUCCGCAGGAUUCGCUGCUGACCGUACAAGUCCUCGACUGGGACUUGGUCGGAACGGACGAUAUGAUCGGCGAGACCAAGAUCGACCUGGAGAAUCGUUUCUACAGCAGGCAUCGCGCUACGUGCGGCCUCGCGAAGAAAUACGACGAAUCUGGCUAUAACAAGUGGAGGGACGCGAUGAAACCGACGCAGAUACUUUCGAAAUUGUGCAAGGACGGCAAAGUCGAUGGACCGGUUUACUCUCACGGGCGCGUCACUAUCGGCAGAAAAACUUUCUCCCUUUCGAACGAGGAAAUGGAAUAUUACAUGCAUACAAAAGGAAUGGAAGAACACCUCGCCUUGGCGGUCCUUCACCAAUGGAACGCUUUCCCGCGAAUAGGAUGCGCAUUGGUGCCCGAACACGUGGAAACUCGACCACUCUACAACCCCGAGAAGCCCGGAAUCGAGCAAGGGAAAUUGGAAAUGUGGGUGGACAUGUUUCCGAUGGACAUGCCCUCGCCCGGACAGUCCAUCGAAAUUUCGCCAAGAAAGCCGAAGAGUUACGAGCUGAGGAUUAUUAUAUGGAACACGGACGAUGUCGUGUUGGAAGACGAUGCUUUCUUCACCGGCGAGAAGAUGAGCGACAUUUACGUGAAGGGAUGGCUGAAAGGGCCGGAGGACUGUCAGUCCACCGAUAUCCACUAUCGUUCAUUAACGGGCGAAGGAAAUUUCAAUUGGCGCUUCAUAUAUCCAUUCGAUUACCUGGUGGCGGAAGAAAAAAUCGUUAUCAAUCGGAAGGAGAGUCUGUUCAGCUGGGACGAGACAGAAUGCAAGAUACCGGCGCGUCUCGAAUUGCAGGUCUGGGACGCGGAUCACUUCUCGGCGGACGAUUUUCUGGGCGCGAUCACCCUCGAUCUGAAUCGGUUCCCGCGCGGCGCGAAGAACAGCAAGUUGUGCUCGUUGAGCAUGCUGAAGACGGACGGCUCUGUGCCGAUGGUGAAUAUCUUCAAGCAGAAACGUAUAAAGGGCUGGUGGCCUUUCUACGUGAAGAAGGAGAACGAGGAUAUGGAACUGACGGGCAAGGUCGAGGCUGAGAUACAUUUACUCACGAAAGAGGAGGCCGAGAAAAAUCCUGCUGGUUACGGCAGAAACGAACCGGAUCCAUUGGACAAGCCAAAUCGACCGGACGCGUCCUUCAUGUGGUUCCUCAAUCCGCUGAAGUCUAUCAAAUAUAUAGUUUGGCACAACUACAAGUGGGCUAUACUCAAGGCUAUAGUAGCGAUCGGAUUGAUCGUACUUAUGCUCUUAUUCUUUUACGCUAUACCGGGCUACUCCGUGAAGAAGAUCCUGGGGGCUUAAAUCAUUCGUCGCAAUGUAGGAUAUAAUCGUUGUUUCCGGUCGAUUGAAAAACAAUCCGACGAAUCUCGAAGAUGUAGUCGUGUUACUGUGCUGUAUUACGUUUCGUGCGCAAACAAAAAAUGUAGCUUAUAUAGCUAAGAAAUCUCUAUUUGAUUAGCUCAUAGUGGACCAACGUGACACCGGAAAUAGUCGCAGGCUAUGACCAUGUUGUAAAUAACUCAUGCACAAUGAGACUUUAGAAGAGAAAACAGAAAGAGAGAAAAAAUAUAAAAAAAGACAAAAAACAUUAGCGGCAGAGUAGCGGCUUACAUAUAUACAUAUAUAUAUAUACACACAUAAAAUGAUCUAUUUUUACUCGUAUAAAACGUUCUGUCACAUCGCGACGAUCGUGUUUCGCGGGCGAAAACACAGGAAGACCACUCUCCGUCGUCAUCGAAUUGCUCAUUGUACAUUCCGAGGAAGAGAAAGAUAUAUAUGUAUAAAAAAAGGAAAGAAAUUAACAAAUAAAACACUCAGGAAGGUGUAACAUAAUAAAGCACUCUGUGUAACUAACGUUA